UCGGAGCCGGAUCCGUGGAAUAGAAAGUGGAUAUUAAAAACCCGAGACCAGACAGACUCACAAACCCUAACACGACCCACCAGAUUCUCUAGGCGUUUCUUCUAGUACUUUCCGAUACGAAUUCCGAGCCUACUAGGGUUUAGCGACCAGAGAUUUCUGUUCCGUCGCUUUAUCCGCCCGUCGGCCACACUCCAUCCAACUGAUAUUCGAAUUUACAAGCUUUUGUGGACGGAAAAGAAUCAACUAGAGAUGGAGGAUUGGGAGGAUGUACCAGUUCCGGAUCUUCUUAAGAAGGAUCUGCCAGUGAGUAAAUGGGAUGAUGAAGAUGUAGAUGAUGAUGAUGUAAAAGAUUCUUGGGAAGAUGAAGAAGAACCUGCUCCGGCACCUAAACCUGAACCUCCUGCUGAGAAGGCCCCCAAGAAGUCUGCUGCAAAAGCCAGUGAAAAGAAAGGCAAGGAAGUUGAAGUUCAUACAAAGGAAGAGCCUCUAGAUCCAGUAGCAGAAAAACUUCGCCAGCAAAGGCUUGUAGAAGAAGCUGAUUAUAAGUCCACUGCUGAAUUAUUUGCCAAGAAAGGUGGUGAUGACAAGACCAUUGAUAAUUUCAUCCCAAAAAGCGAGAGUGAUUUCUUGGAAUAUGCUGAGUUGAUUUCUCAUAAGCUGCGGCCAUAUGAGAAAAGCUACCAUUACCCUGUUUUGCUCAAGGCUGUUAUGAGAUUGUCAAUGACCACGAUGAAAGGGGCAGAUGCUAAAGAAAUUGGCUCUUCUAUUACUGCAUUUGCAAAUGAGAAAAUUAAAGCAGAAAAGGAAGCCAAUGCGAGUAAAAAGAAGACAGGUGGAAAGAAGAAGCAGCUACAUGUUGAUAAGGAAGAUGAUGAAGCAGUGGUAAAUGCAUAUGAGGGUUAUGAUGAUUAUGAUUUCAUGUGAGAUGGAAACUUAGCAAACACAUGCAUGUUAGACCAACUUUUUCACCUUUCUAGUUACACCAGUCUGGCGAUUGUUUGGAUUUACAAGCGACAACUAUGAGGAAGUUCCUGUGCCCUGUUUACCUCCCAAUUCUGGAGUCUUAUUGAGUGUGUCAUAUUUUUUUCUUUUUCCUUUUUGUUUUUUUUGGGGUCAAAUAAAAGAGCAUCCUUUGUUUUGUUUUCAUUUUUAUGGUCAGUUACUGGUUGGAGAUCAUUUCGUAAAUUAUUUGUCAGUUGAUCUGCGUUCUCUUGUAUGAUGUGGAUCUCAGAUUUUGAACCCAUGGAUUUCCUGUAACUGUCUUAUUCAAAACUAUUUGAUCCUUUCUUCUCA